AUGCUAAGUAAAAACUACUUGAAUGUCAUAUUCAUCUAUUCCAUAUAUUGUUUUUAUUUAACUCAAUGUCAAAUAACUAAUGAGUAUAAUCAACUAUUAUCAAAUGAACUUGAUUAUAUUGAUGUUAAACAUGUUCCAACAAUAAUUCAUAAUGAUAAUGUUUAUUUACCAAUUAUUUAUAAAUGUUCAUCAUUAUCACGACGUCGUAUAUCAUUAUCUAUUCGUAUUGAACGAACAUUAUAUCGAUCUAAUUUUGCUGUUUUUCGUCGUCAUUGGUUUUGUCAAAACACAACACAAAUGAAGAUUCGUUAUAUACGUGUACGUUUACAUCGUUCACUUGCAUAUGCUUCCGAUAGUCAAUCUAAUUUUCAAUCAUUACCAAUUGAACAAGGACAACUGCAUCUAAUAAUGUAUAAUAAUGAACAAGAAAAUGAAAAUGAAAUUCUAAGAAAAGUUCUAUAUAAUAUAAGAUUUUUACCAGUAUAUAAAAGACCAAGUAUUCGUUCAUUUCGAUGGAAUCCUUUAAUAAACAAAACAAUCGAAAAUAUUUGUCCGAAAGAACCUGAAAUUGUACGAGUUAUAAAUUAUCCAUUAGUAAUGACGGGUAAUGCUUAUGGAAAAUAUUUUACUCUACCACAAUAUCAACAAUAUAGUUUACGAUUAGAACAACAGAUGCGAUUAAUACGACCGAAAUUUUCAAUUAUAUUUUGGUUAUAUAUUGAUGAAUAUUGCACAAGUGAAUACUUUAGAAAUUAUUGUGGUAUUUUACAACAUUUAACAUUUAAUAAUACACAUUUAACUCCAGAAAUAUUUCUUAGUCAAGAAGGACGUAUAAGAAUAAAUCUGUAUGGAUCUUUAUAUGCUCUAGAAGGAACGGGAGCAGAAACUAUUGCAUCAGUACCAAGACAUGAUUGGUGUCGAGUAGCUUUAAUUGUUGAUGAAUAUCAUUGGAAAAUCUAUAUAAAUUGUGUUCAAACUUGGGAUAAACCAAUUAUAGCUUCACAUACUUCUUCUAUAUAUUAUUAUUCUAAUGAUGAAUUGGGCACAUUUAUGGUUGGUGGUAGUGACAUAACACAUUCAUUUCGAGGAUUUAUUAGUCAAAUGGAUAUAUAUCGACGAAUCGCACUUACUUAUGAACAAUUACCAAAAAAACUCGAUAUGUCAUCAAUGCCAUUUUUACCAUCAAUAGUUCCACAAUCAAAUGAAUGUAAAUAUUAUAUUCAUUUAUUCAAACAAUGUUAUGAACAAUUUAUUCUAUUUAAUAAACGUAUUCAACAAAAAUUUACAUGUAAUGCUCGACCAUUUGUUUUCAAUCAAUCGAAUCAACAAUGUUUACUUAUUCGAACAUGGAAACAAAAAUUAUCAUCUGGUGAUAUUCGUUAUAGAAUUUUUCGAGCAUUACGACGACAAAUCAUGAAUUCAACAACUGAUGUAGCUAAUAAACUUUUCGAUUUAACAAUAAAAUUACUAGUAAAAAUUUGCUUAUAUUUUCAAUUAAACAUAUAUAUUAUAGGAAAAUGA